AUGAAUGGAGAUAAAAUUCAAUACUACCAAGCUCCAAUAGCAGAAAACACGGCGCCAGUAGGUAAACAAGUCGUGAACCCUUACGCCAUUGCUGACCCUGCGAAUCAGCGCGACUUACUUAAACACAGAAUCUCAGAAGAAUUCUCACUAUUUUGCACACUCUGCGACCUUCCAUUCGUCGACAAUGCUGAAUUCGAACACCAUAACAUUGAAUUACACGGGAAAAAGAAGGUACUAUCCUGCAACCAAUGCGACGCUACAUUUCGACGGCAAGAUCACUUGAAACGACAUAUUCAGAGUUUACACAACAGCCAGAAGUACUGCGUGUGCCCUGUAUGCCGGAAAGAUUGUAAACGGCAAGAUAUAUUACUGAAACAUAUAAAAAGAAAACAUUCAACUACUGCAGAGGUGUUUAAAUGCCGAGAAUGCGCUUUCGAGUGCACCACGCUUGAAGAUUUGGAAAAACAUGAGUUUACACAUCUUGCUACCGAUCGGCAUCUCUGCCCUCAUUGUCAAACUACGUUUAAACGUCGAGACCACAUGUUAAGACAUGUGAAAUCGCAACAUAUGAAACAGAUGGUGGAAUGUCCAAUAUGUCGACAGUCCUAUAAAAGAAAAGAUCAUGUCGUUCGUCAUGUCCGUGAAAAACAUAAAAUGGGGUUGCUGAAUGGGAAGCUAGUCAGCUCCGCUGAUAUUGUGUAG